AUGGAAGUGUCAUCGUGCGACGGCGAUGCCGCCUCAAGUUUGAUGUUGAGUACGGGCCUCGGACGAGCGGGGGUCGGAGAUGGCACAGAUCCUGCACGGUUUGAAGCAUCCGGAGCAAGGGAAAGGGCCUUCAAGCUCGCUCGCUUAGGAGAGGAUGGCGUUGGGAGGGCCUGUGAUGCAAGGAAUUGUGAUGGUAGAGCGUCUGGGCUAGUCGUAGGUGUGGUCGGUGUCGGUGGUGCGCGAGGCUUAUCGGAAUCCUCCUCUUCCUCUUCCUCCUCCAUCAAAGUACCUAAUGCGUCCUUGGAAGAGGAAGGCUUGAAGGAGUCACGCUUGGAAGAAGUAGUGAAGGUCCCUGGACCUGGGGGGAAGGAAGGUUUGGUGGCUGGAAAGCUCUGGGAUUUCUACUUUGGCAAAGGAAGCAUCACGCUUCCCCUCAAGAGCCCAGAGAGCAUUGCGGCGGAUAGAAUCUCUGCUGAGUCCUCGCUCGCGGAGGCCGAAGUCUCGGGAACGACGAGAUACGCCGGUGAUGCUCUCUGGGCUCUUGAGGGGAAGCGUGAUGCUUCCUUUGCCAAAGUAGAAAUCCCAGAGCUUUCUGCCCCAUAUGAAUUCCGUCCAGGGACCUUCACUACUUCUUCCAAGCGUGACUCCUUCAAGCCUUCCUCUUCCAAGGACGCAUUAGGUACUUUGAUGGAGGAGGAAGAGGAAGAGGAGGAUUCCGAUAAGCCUCGCGCACCACCGACACCGACCACACCUACGACUAGCUUCACCCGCAACCUUGGUCAACGCUCUCGUGCGCCGCACCUCAGGCCAUUGUCUCUCACCCCAGACGCUCUACCAUCACAAUUCCUUGCAUCACAGGCCCUCCCAACGCCAUCCUCUCCUAAGCGAGCGAGCUUGAAGGCCCUUUCCCUUGCUCCGGAUGCUUCAAACCGUGCAGGAUCUGUGCCAUCUCCGACCCCCGCUCGUCCGAGGCCCGUACUCAACAUCAAACUUGAGGCGGCAUCGCCGUCGCACGAUGACACUUCCAUGUCGAUACGUCAGCAACCAGUCCGGAAGAGCAGUAUAUCAUACAAGACGUCUUCCACGUCUUCGUCGGUCUCCAGCACCGGCCUUCCGACCCCUGAAUCGACACCAACGUGUACAGAGCGCCGUUUCUCUGGAUAUACCCACAGUUCCAUCUCCAGCCGCAGCAGUCAGGGUAGUCAGGGCAGCAUGGCCAGCAACCGUCUUAGCGUUGCCGAGGACGACUUCUUGACCAUGAACUCUGGCAAUGGACGGCCUUUGAGC